CCGAAUGGCCGACGACAAGAAGCAAGGUAAACCACGUAAAGAAGAUCAAAUAAACCGCCGAUUUCUGGGGCCCACUCACCUGUGCGCGUCCUAUUAUCAAAUCCACUUCAUUUUUUUUGUGUUUUUCCUUUCAUUUUCUCUCUAAUAAAUUAUAUCACUUUCUUCCAUUUUUUUCUCAACAAUGGCAGCCGAAAACAUUAGUUUCCCUCACGUUUCUAACGUCAAAUCUUUGCCCUCUUCCAUGUUCGAAAUCGAGCUUAAGGCCACGUUUAUCAUAGUGGAGAGCAAUGGCGGCGUUGAUGCCGAAACUUUCACGGAGGUGGGGAGGAUUAUUUCUCACGUCAUCCACGAGUUUCCUUUGGAGGAUUUGAUUAACGACGGAAACGGCGCCGUUCUGGACAUGCUCAACUCCAUGCGCGUCCCGGUUCAGACAUCCACGGUGGAAGAAAUUGCGGCCUCUGCUGUUCGAAUGGCGGCGGCUGCGAGGGACGGAGGGAGCAAGGUUUUGAGAAUGCGGGUGGGGAUCGAGGCAGUCGUCCACGAUGUGCCUGACUUUGGAAAUAACGACACAGAUGAUGAUGAUGAUGAUGAAGAUGAAGGGACGGUGGAGGCGGAGCAGGCGACGGAAAAACCGGUGAAAGUGAUGGUGGAAGGGUCAGGAAAGGAUUGUGCGAUAUGUUUGGAAGAGGUGGCGAUGGGUAGUGAAGCGGUUUGCAUGCCUUGCUCGCAUACUUUUCAUGAUAUUUGCAUUGCGGCUUGGCUGAAGAAGAAGAAACGUUGCCCGUAUUGUCGUUUUAAGUUGUAGAAAAUGAAUGGGCUAUAAUUUAAAGGCUAAACUAUAAAAAUAAUCACUUUUGUUUGCCUCAUGUUACAUUUUAGUCAUUUAUGUUUGAAAUGUUACGUUUUAGUCACUUACAUUAUCGUUUUGUUACGAAGUGGUCACUUUGCAGUUAAGCUCCGUUAUCUUCCUAACGGCGGUCCCACGUGACAAUCUAAAUUAAAUUUAUUUAAUUAAAAAUCUAUUUCUAUUCUAGUAA